AUGAACUAUAAUUUCUAGCAAACUGCUUAAGAAAAAGGACUUGAUAUACAUUCUUAAUGUAACGACAAAGAAGAAGGCACCUCAGAAUAAUAUUCCGAUUCUAAUUUGUAUUCAGAAUCACGAUACUCAUCUGAAUAAUCAAAAGGAAGGCUGAUAAAUCAUAUGGAAAUUUUAGAAAAAUAAUAGACAGAAUAUAUGAAAGAUAGUUUGUCUUUGAAGAAACCUACCUAAACUCCUUAUUUAUACCAUUUAAAUCAAUUUCUUAACAAAAAAAGAUAUUAGGUUAUUGGAACUUUUUUCUAGAUAGAGCAAUAAAAAUACAUUAUCAAAAACCAUCCAAGCUUGAUUUUAUCUCUACUUUUAAAAUUAGAUAAUUCAUAUUAAAUGAAGUAUGAAUUAAACUAGUUCUUAGAAUAAAAGGAUAAAAAUUGGCAAUAAAUUUGUGAUUUUAAUCAACCUAUUAGUGAGAAAACUUGUGAAAAAUUAUAAGAAUAAUAUCAAAAAAUAAAGCAAAUGAAUUAGACCUUAUAAAAACUCAAGGAACAAGAAAAAUCAAGAAAAUCAACAGAACCAAAAAAACCAAGAAAAUCAAAAGACCCAAUAGACCAAAAAGAACCAAAAAAAUCAAAAGAACCAAAGGAUUCAAUGAAACUUAAAGCUUAUCGAAAGGAUUUUAUGGAUCUUUGUGAAAAAAAGGGUAUAGCUACGAAAAUAUAAAGAUUUGAGAGGAUUGAAGAAGUUCGAAAAAAAUUUGAUGAUAUUGAAAAUUAAUUCAAGGAAAAGAACAUAAAAGAUACUCAACUUUUAGAACAUCUUGAAGCUUUGAAAGAAUUCAUUACAAUAACAUAAAGAUUAAAAGCUGAACAUCUUAAAAAUAAUAAAAAAUAUAUAAAGAAAUAAAUUGAUAUAACUAAAGAAGAUAUACUAAAGCUAAUGGAAGAUCCUCUAAUCAAAGAAAAAUCAUAAGAUGUAUUAAAUAUUAUAAGCGAUGUAUUAAAUCAGUUAAAUAUUAUUGACAAAAAAAUUGAUUAAAAUUAGAAUAUAAAUAAUAUUUUUGAUUUAGAAGAGUUAAAAAAAUUGGAUAAAAUAUAAUGGAAAAUAUUCUAAGAAAAAGCCAAAGCAUUAUUGAAUUCAGAAAAUUCAGAGUAGGAAUAGAUAGAGUAGGAAUAGAUAGAGUAGGAAUAGAUAGAGUAAAAUUCUUAAUUUUGGUAUACCAUCAAAAAAGUUAAAUUAUGA